AUGACACUCAAGGAGGGUGCAGAUAGGAAAGAGCCGGAUAUCAAAAGCCGAACACGAAAUCUGUAUGCAAUCUUGGACUAUAAUUGGGCCAUUUUCCCUUGCACAGCGGCAAUCUUAUUCCUGGGCCUUUAUGUCGUUGUGCCUGACGCCCGGUGGACACCAGACUGCACCGUACUCGCCAUGAUUCUGGGUCCAUUCCUGCUGUUCCAGCUCCCGCCAUACUACAUCCUCUGGGGACUCUGCCUCCUCAUACGACCCUUCGCGUAUGCGAAAUCAUCUAAAAAGCGUCCAUUCCGCAGUCUGAAACACUGGAAUCGGCUCAGCAAGAGGGAUCGCAUCAGCUUUCACGUGGUCGUUGACUCAGUGCCAAACCCUUUCGUAGGCAUGCUCCCUGACUUUGUGGAGCUGCUGGAGGUACCGUCUUCGUUUCGGCCAGAUCACGCAAGGCACAAAGCGAGAGUGCUAGAGUGGUGCCGACGGCACUGGCGAUUGUCAGAAGAGAACUGGGUCCUGCAUCUCGACGAGGAGACGGAGAUUACGGAGGAGGUAAUGAGUUCGUGCUUGGAAUUCAUUGAGCGGGGCGCCGAUGAUAUUGGCAUGGGAACAAUCUUCUACAACGCCCACAAUCACUGGAAGAACCCCCUCCUGACCAUAGCCGAGGCCCUCCGAGUUGCAGAGGACCUUGGCCGGUUCCAGCUGCCGGUCCGGCUCUUUCAACGUCCAUUGCUCGGCUGGAUGCACGGCAGCUUUAUUUUGAUCAAUGAGCAGGCGGAGAAUGCAGUCACCUGGGAUACAGAUUGUCUGGCUGAGGACUUUUGGUUCGCGUACCAUGCUGCAAAACAAGGGUUCAAAACGGGCUGGAUCCAUGCCGUCGCACGCGAACAGCCCCCGGAGAGCCUGGAGGAUCUCGUCCGACAACGCCGGAUAUGGUACAGCGGAAUCAUGUCCGUUCCGGACUGGUCGGUCAGACUGGCAUUGGCAAUUCCGAUGCUUGAGACUUUUGUGCAUUUGGGCUUGUAA